UAUGACUGACCACCGAGAUAUGACUGCCAAGAAAAGUGUUGACAGAUAUUGCUGAACUAUUUUAUAAGAGUGCUCGCAGUGCUCUUUCUCUCUGUAUCUCCAUUUGUGGACCUUCGAAGAAAAAAUCAGUGCUCAGUUCAGCAAUAUUGGUAUUCUGUUAAGUAUGGCUGAGGCUGACAACAAACAUGGAGAAUCAAGUGUGAACAAUUCCAUACACCGCCCUGUGGCUCUAAACGAAAGAAUUCUUUCUUCAAUGUCGCGAAGAUCUGUGGCUGCUCAUCCUUGGCAUGACUUAGAGAUUGGACCUGGCGCCCCUGAAUUUUUCAACGUUGUGAUUGAAAUUGGCAAAGGCAGCAAGGUUAAGUACGAACUGGACAAGAAUAGUGGCCUCAUAAAAGUUGAUCGAAUUCUUUACUCAUCAGUUGUAUAUCCCCACAACUAUGGCUUCGUCCCACGAACCCUUUGCGAGGAUAGUGAUCCUAUUGAUGUUCUGGUAUUGAUGCAGGAGCCUGUGUUGCCUGGUACGUUCCUUCGAGCUCGGGCUAUUGGAUUAAUGCCUAUGCUUGAUCAGGGGGAAAGAGAUGACAAAAUCAUUGCUGUAUGUGCCGAUGACCCUGAGUUCCGCCAUUACUCUGACAUCAAGGAGCUACCACCCCAUCGGCUUGCAGAAAUCCGACGAUUCUUUGAGGACUACAAAAAGAAUGAGAACAAGAAGGUGGUGGUUGAUGACUUUUUACCAUCUGAAUGUGCCAUUGAAGCCAUAAAGUACUCCAUGGACCUGUAUGCCUCUUAUAUCAUUGAAACCUUGAGGAGUUAAUGACUCCAUGGGAGAGCAGAUGGGAGCUGACAACUACUUAAAUACCAAAUAUUAUUAGCAUGGCUAAUAGAUUUGGUUCUUUCUUGGUAUAAUUAAUUAAAAGUUAUGUUGUUAAGACUUUGAUCUUCUGAUACUUUUCUAGAAUUACAAGUGUUGGAAAGCUGCUUUUGAAAGUUAUCUAUACUUCUGUUUA